AUAAAAAAGCGCUUACAGCAGUUUUUCCCUCCCAAUCAAUUCAAGCUUGCAGGAACAGAGAAGAAGAGCGAAAUAAAUUAAGGCCCGAUAAUCGGGACCAAAAGGACGUUUCUAACUAAAUGAUUAGUAAGGCAUACUAGGAGUGACGAUAGUUCUUGGUACAAAAAGGAGUUUGUCGACGAAGCAUUUUGUACGCUGCUCCCUUCAUAGCCUAGUGACGCUACCCCCUGUGUGCUGGUUUUUUUUUAUGUGUGUGUGAUUUUUCGACGCCAUCUUUGAAGAAAUACAAUCGCUGAAAAAUGCGCUGAUUGUAACUAUAGGUCCAAGUUUAUGUUCGCCGUUUUUUAAAAGAAUUAUUAGUCUAGUGCAAUAUUAUUGAUGAACCAUUUAAAAAGAUUGUGUUCGUGUGCAUGUGUGUGUGCCUGCUAGUUUAAGGAAAUUAGUGCGUCGGUUGCUGACGGUCGGCGUAUUUGGCGCUGCAAAGUGACGCACUCCAACCUCAAACAGCAGUCACUCCUUCCGAUCAAGUAGAAGCGCCAAAUUUUGGGGAAGAUUAAAAGUAGCGAGACCACCCCCGUAAGGGGGAAAGUUCGUCACAAUGACGAACAUACAGAACAUGCCGGCGCAGCAGUUUUCGCUGCGAUGGAACAAUUAUACGCACUAUAUAGCCACCGCAUUCGAUGCGCUGCGCUACGAGGAAGACUUCGUCGAUGUGACGCUGUGCUGCGAGGGUCGCAAGAUACGUGCCCACAAGAUGCUGCUGUCUGCCUGCAGUCCUUAUUUUAAGGAUGUCUUCAAGGAAAACCCGUGCCAGCACCCAGUUAUUAUAUUCAAGAACGUGCGCUACACCGACCUAAUGUCAAUCGUCGAAUUUAUGUAUCAGGGAGAGGUGAGCAUUGGCCAAGACCAGCUGCCUUCGUUUCUGCACACCGCCGAAAUGCUAACUAUACGUGGACUCACGGAUAAUUCGAGCGACACCCGACAAACGCAGCAGGCAGGAACGGUGGGAUCGUCUAGUUCGAUAGCCCAACAGCUCCUGCAGACGCAACCUACUAACGUGCUGGAUAAGUCGCUUGCUACGGGCGAGUCAAUUUAUCUAACCCUUCCCUCAAACUCUACCAUCGUCCAUCAACCGAAGCUGGUACAAGCGCAAAUACAGACAACGCCUAUUAUCAGCAAGGCUAUACUCAAGACAGUCCCGCCUGAGAUGCCCGCUUUGACACCAAGCUCCUCCUCGAUAUCCGUUCCACUAGCUCAGCAACAGACGCAACAGCAGCCGACGCUUACCAAAAUACAGGUACAAACAACGCAGCAACACCAGCAGCAGGCCCAAACACAGCAACAACCACAGCAAGUACAAGUUCAAGUACAGCAGCUCCCACAGGUUAUCCAACAAUCGCAGCAACAGACACAACAGAUGCAGGUCCAGGGUCAACAACAAUCUCAACAGCAACAGACCGUACAAACAACGCAAGCUACCACAUUGCAAGAAGUUGUCGAUAGCGUCGUGCAGAAUAAAAAGAAAAAGUUUAAGCUGCAGCAGAUAGUAACAACGUCACAGCCGGCCAGCACUGUAACGGUGCCAGCGACGACGACGGUCACUAUGACAGCAACUCCGACGGGUCCCACAACCAGCGACGGAGAAAUAUAUGAACAGGAAACCUACACCUUAACUGACGUUAAAGUUGUACAAGCCACCUCACAAAAUACGCAGGAGCACAGACAGUUGCAAUCAGAGGAGCAGCAAGUUACAGUUGAAACGUACUCAGAGGCGGCUCAACAAUCGGGUUCUUCGAUGAAGAUUGAAAUGCCAGAAUUCAUCGGUGUCGAUGAGGCGAUGGGAAGCAGCACUGGAAAUAACAACUCAUUCAUGCAAGAGAGCUAUCAGUUGGUAGCCGAAAAUAUCGAAGAGAAGGAUGAAGAUGAGGAUAUGGCACAAGACAACAUUGAAAUCGAAGGUUCGGAAAUGGAUAUGAGUCGUAUAUUCCAAAGUUCAUCGGAGGAACCGUCGAAGUCUAAUCUCUUACAAGUUUCUAUGGAUACUAUAGGGUUGGGCAAUCAAAAUAAGCUUUACAAGUGUCCCGAAUGCCGACGCUCCUUCUGUUCUACCAAUGCCAUGAAACGCCACCAACAAGCCAAGCACUCGAGUACGCAGACCUCAUUUAUGUGUGCGUUUUGCGAAGCACGCUUUAAAACAAAAUGGUCACUUUCGACACACAAAUCGAAAUACCAUCGUGGUCAAACUACCACUAUUAUUAUCCGUACAAACGAACAGGAUUCGGCAAGCACUGGUACAAAGGACGCUGACGACAGUGCGGUCAAAUCCAAAGUAGAAGAUACUAGUACGAUAGCACAGGAGACGCGAAAGCGAUCCGCGUCCGGUGGAAUGGUAACGCGCAUCAAAUCGCAGGUUAUCGCUGAUGCAGAAAAUUCUUAGACAUUCAUGCUGGCAAACUUCCGAUUACUAUUCUUCUAUUUGCUGAUUUCAGUUUUCAAAUGGAUUAAAUUUCCAUCAUAGGCGUAUGUUGUGAAACUCAUCCUUUUCAUUUCCUUUGCUUUAUUGUGAAAGUCUACGACAAAUUAAUCUUUGUUUACAAUGCAAUCGAUUGAUCCGCCGCAGACAGGAUUGUUUCCACCUGACCGACAAUUUCGGGAGCAAACAAUUUCAAUUCAUCGCAAUUUUCUCUCAUGAUGAUUUAAUCCGAGAUUGACAAUAGACUUCAUAAUAUAUUUUAAUUUGAAAUUUAAUGAAAACCGAUCAAAUUUUUUAUUUAACAAAAAAAAUGCAAAUACAAAUUUCUGGUAGUGAAAUUAUGUCAUGAUGAUUCCUCAAUGAUUCAAUUAGAUGAAAUCUACUUUUAUGGGACAAAGCUAUUAGCCGAUAAGGACAGCUAGAAUGAGUAUUUCCAAAGGCCAACUUGAUGCGCUGUAGAUGGGUAACGCAAACCGUAGACACAUAUUUUACAUUCGAUUCUUUGUUGUCCCACAACUGCGGUAUUUACAGAAUCGGAUGGAACUACGGAAUAUUUGUAUUCGUUCUAAGUUUUAAAAUUGUUUUAGACACAGCUUCAGAUCUUUUUUACUUAGACAUCUCUCCGUGGUAAAGAUAGAGCCAUAUUUUUUCAAAGCCAACAAGAUCAGUAGUUUAGGACACUUAUUUGUCUCGAGAUAUACGGGAAUAUGGUUUACUUCCUCUGCCCAUUAUCGUACGGGAUUAACGUUGAUCCCGUACGUGUUGUGUGUUGCGUGUUUUGGUGUUAAGACACACCUAUCAUCGCUCCAAUCUCGAUCCAAAAAGGAUACCUAAAAUGAUAUCUAGUGAUAUGGGAUAUGGUAGAAAAGGCUGCUCCCUUAUUUAGAAUUGUACAUAUUCUUUUUACAUAUCUAAGAACGGGCGAGCCGUAUGUUUCACAUAUGUACAUAUUGAUUAAGAUUUAGUAUAUUACAUUUGACAAAGAUGACAUAGAUUAAGGUAAUUAAAAUCUAAAGCGUUUUUUUUUAAAUACAAAAAGCAUAGAAUAAUGCAUUUUGCAUCCAACAUCAAUUAAAACAGCAAGACACUAAAUAGAUUUUGCUAUUGUCAUUGCUCCAUGCAGUGGUCUACAAAAACCGAAAGAAUCAUGAAGAAGAGGAACAUUUGUAUGAGACAUAAGAUGUAUGCUACAAAUAAAUCUAACACCGUCAGACUCUUUACA